AUGGAAACUUUGAAGAUGCCAAGGCAGAUUGAUCCGCAAGAUUUGGGAAUCCAUGUACUUGUCGAUUACGAAAGCCCUCUUGUUGAUAUAGUGGCUGUUCAUGGACUUGGGGCCACACCAAUGACGACCUGGACCAAAGCACGGAAACCACAAGAACAUAUCGAUCGUAAUACCGAAUCUAGCAUUGCACCCCCUUCUGUUCCGACGAAUAAAUCCGAGGAUCGCGUUAAUUGGUUAAGCGACCCAACAAUGCUUCCAGCAGAUAUCACCAAUGUCCGAAUAAUGGCCUUCAAUUAUGAUAGUAACUGGUAUGGCGAUAAUGCUAUCAAAGUUCGUCUUGACCAUGUUGCGGAUGAUUUGAGACGAAAGGUUUUGCGACAACGAAAGGUAAAGAAGGGUGAUGUAACGCUUUGA